CACCGUAGCUUAGCAACCGAAUCAUAACAAUUCUUUUCCGUUUAGAGUUUUCAUUUGAACAUUUAAAGCAGCUCAGACUUGCAGUUUAUCAGCAAGAGAGAAGACGCGAAAGAUGUCCAUCGUGAAAACCACCGUGAAUCUCCAGAGGAUUGACUGGCUGCUGCCGAAAGGUGCAGUCAGUGUGCGGAUCGCCCCGGAAUACAUCCCCGGUCCAGUUGGCCGAGGACAAACCAGUUCCAGUGAUGCUGGCCGUAGGAAGAAGUGCCGCACCAGGCCGCCGGCAGCCAGCUCCCUGACCACGUCUGCCUCUCCUGGAUCUGCUGCCAUCCCGGUGGCAACCAGCAGGGGUCAGCAGGGCACAGGCCGCCGUAGAAAUACGGCGGGAGGCCGGUCAGGGCGAAGAAGGAGGUAUGACCAACAGAAGGGGUUAGAGCCUAAGCCCAGCUCACCAACCUUCUCCUCCUCUUCAUUUUUAUUUCCGUCUUCAGCCCCCUCCUCUUUUGUUUCAUCCCCAUUUCUUUUUAUGAGCUCCUCUGUUUUAUCCCCACACUUAGUCACACCUGUAAGCCCAGCUCCACAUCCAUAUUCAGCUCCAGGCCUGGUUCAUCUGACCCCUCUGCUUCAGGCUCCAGCACAGGCUGUAGCCGCCUCAUCUCACCUGGAAAAAUUCUAUUGGUUGUAUAACUAUUAUGUAACCAAGUACUCUAAAAUGACCUAUGACGCCAAGUGCUUUACUGAGUACUGGUGUCAGGAGUUUUGGAACAGACAUUUAAAUGAAAUUAACUUAGCGAAACAGGGGAAGAAUGAGGAUAAUGAGGGUACUCAUUCAUCCAAGAGGCGUAGGAUUGAUGAAGAUGAGUUCAUCUUUCCUAUUGAUGCACUGGAGCAGCUAAGUACCAUGCCCAGGGCUCAGGAGAUGGGUGUGGAGAUGGGCUAUCAGUCAGAUGCACAUAGCUACAUUUCCCUGUAGAUUCAGCACAUAAUUACACGAGAGUUGUCAUACAUACUUAGGAUAAGAUAAAAUUAGGAUAUGUUACCAUGUAGUUCUAUAGCAUAAGGUACUAUAGGAUAAGAUUAAGAUAGGAUAAGGUUAAGAUUGUAUAGAA